AUGACGUCGCGCCUCAGAGCUAUGAGCGGCACUGUAUUGCUGAACCACUGCAGAGACACCUUGAGACGUUCAAUAUGGUCACCUAAUCGCUUCUACUCCAGUCUGGUCGUGACGCCGCGCCUCGUCGCCCGGGCCCCGUUCGCCCAGGCAGCGUCGUCGCCUGCCGGCGCCAGGCACCUCACCACCGUGAACUACAUGCGCGAGAAGGCCGGGAAGCGGUCGCAUUUCGGCUUCGUGAUCGUGCCUCAGCAGACGGUGUACGUCGUGGAGAGGUUUGGCAAGUUCAGCCGCACCAUCGGCGCCGGCGUGCACAUCCUGCUGCCGCUGAUCGACCGCAUAUCGUACGUGCAUUCGCUGAAGGAGGACGCCAUAGUGCUGCCCAACCAGACGGCCAUCACCAAGGACAAUGUGAUCCUCCAGAUCGACGGCGUGCUGUACGUGAAGUGCGUGGACCCGUACCACGCGUCGUACGGCAUCGAGGACCCCAUCUUCGCCAUGACCCAGAUGGCGCAGACGACGAUGCGGUCGGAGCUGGGCAAGCUGUCGCUGUUCACGACGUUCCUGGAGCGCGACAACCUGAACAAGAAGAUCGUGGAGGCCAUAAACGCCGCUGCGAGCAACUGGGGCAUGGUGUGCAUGCGCUGCGAGAUCCGCGACAUAACGCUGCCGAAGAACAUCGUUGCCGCCAUGGAGCGCCAGGUGGAAGCUGAGCGCUACAAGCGGUCGACAAUUCUGCGCAGCGAGGGCGACAAGGAGAGCGAGAUCAACAUGGCCGUGUCGCAGCGGCAGACGUCCAUCCUGAAGGCCGAGGGCGAGGCCAUAGCCGAGCGUGAGCGCGCCGACGCCACUGCUUACGCCCUGCAGAAGAUAACGAGCACUCUGCGGGAAACAGGCACUGUGGACGCCGUCGGUCUGCGGCUGGCCGAGCGGUACAUCGCUGCGUUCGACAACCUGGCGAAGCAGUCCACCACCGUGGUGCUUCCCGCCAACGUCGGCAAUGUCAACGAGAUGAUAACGCAGGCGGUCACCCUUUUCAAGGCGCUCGGCAAGGACAGCCAGGCCCCCGAGCAGCCGGUGGAACUGAUGCCGCCGCCGCCGCCGCUUGAGCGCGCACCGGCCAACGAGAGCAGCUCACCCGCAUGA